UCGUAUAAAUAAAUGACGUGUGGCACUUUUCAAUAAAAAAAAUCACCAAAAAUCCUCAUUUCCCUGCGAAUUUGCGACAAUUAACCAGCUAAACUUACCAAAAACGUAUUAUUUCGCGCCUUGAGGAGCCAACAGCCAUAAAAUGGACAAGUUUUUGGGGUACAAAGUGCGAGAAUUAGUGGACAAGGCCACAAAUGUCGUCAUGAAUUACACAGAAAUCGAGGGAAAAGUGCGAGAAGCGACGAAUGACGACCCAUGGGGACCCACGGGACCGCUGAUGCAAGAGCUAGCUCACGCUACCUUCACCUACGAACACUUUCCCGAAGUCAUGUCGAUGCUGUGGAAGCGAAUGUUGCAAGAAAAUAAAAGUAAUUGGAGAAGAACGUACAAGAGUCUCCUGUUACUCAAUUAUUUGGUACGUAAUGGAUCGGAACGGGUUGUCACAAGUGCUCGUGAACACGUUUAUGACUUAAGAUCGUUGGAAAAUUACACAUUUGUGGAUGAAAAUGGAAAAGAUCAGGGUAUUAAUGUGCGACACAAGGUCCGUGACUUGAUGGAUUUCAUUCAGGAUGACGAUAAAUUGCGCGAGGAGCGGAAAAAGGCGAAAAAGAACAAGGAUAAGUACAUUGGGAUGAGCUCGGAUGUCGCAAGUAUGAAAUUUGGAGGCAUGGGAAGCAGCGAUCACAGUUACCGGGAUCGGGAUCGUGACACUUCUUUUAAUUCGUCGUCGCGUAGGAGUAAUGAAUUUUCAGAUAGCAGAGAAAACGACUAUCAAUACGACGCAGAACGAGAAGAUUCCGACAAUGAUAAUUAUUCGUCGUCACAUAAUAAUGGCAGCAGACGUUACUACGACAAAGAAAGAUCAAAAUCCCCGAGUCGCAAUUCCCCGCCCGCCUCAAAUAACGGUCCAACGAUCGACAAAAAGGCAAUCAGUCUGAACCUGAAAGCGAACGCCGUGAAACCGCAAUCGGGCAGCACGAAAUCCGGCACGAAACGCAUCGAUUUGGGCGCCGCAUCGCAAUUCGGCAAAGAUCUCGGCAUCAAUUCGCCCACGCAUCGCAACACACAUUCCGAAGAUUUGUUCUCGCUGGACAACAAUAACACCGCAACCACUACUUCAAGCAAUAAUUUGGACGAUUUGGAUGAUUUUAAUCCGCGCGCCGACGAAAAUCAAGAAUUUGGAGACUUCACAACGGCUUUUGGGGCACCCUCGAGCACCGCGCCAUCCGCAACGACGACGAAAAAAGACGAAAUCGACGAAUUUGCGGACUUUACAUCAGCUUUCACGAGUACAACGCCCGCUCCGAAGCCCGUAGCUGCCGCGGCGCCAAGUGCGGAUUUGCUUUUUGGCGAUAUUUCGAUGCCUGCGACGACGAAUCAACCGCAACCGGAUCUCUUUUCGGCAUUAGGAGGCCUCGGAACAACAACAAACACCUCAACGACGACAGAUUUGUUGUCAGACUUCAAGGGGAUUUCACUGGGAGGCCCUCAAUUCAAUAAUGCAAAUAACAACGUUCGUCAGCGCCGUUUGACGGAAGAAACGACCAAACUUCUCAACCGGUUGCAAGAAAUCGACAAAAUUGAGUCGGAAAAUGCACUUUUGCACAUCUCGGAGGCGAUUUCAUCGUGGAAACUUCACUUGCCAGGCCCGUGCACCGUGGAAAAGCUCUCGCGACGGGAUGUAGACUCCAUUGAUUGGACAAAAUUCGCUCGCAACGAGUACUCUGACGUCAUAAACUCACUUUUGAUGGUUCUGGAUGACAACGCAGCAGCUGUAGAUGCGACAAUUGCCUCCAUUUUCACCGUCGACGAUAAUUUUGAGUUUUUAUCUGAAGCUCUUUUGUCACUUACCAACAAAAAUUUGAUAAAAACGAAGCCACAGCUGGUCCAAGAGCUCUUAAAAUCGAUAAUCCGGGACGAAACUUGCCUUUUUGCGUGUUUCGUGGAUGCAUCAAUCGACGAUUCGGACAUUUUAGACCCAACUGAACGUGGAUUGCGUCAAUUAAAGUUAAAAGACUUGCAACAAAAUUUAAUUUCAGUACCGAAUUUAGUUGCAAAUGUCGCUGAACGGGAAUUUGAUGCCUUAUUUACACCAAAAAAUUAUUCAGGGUACAUUUUGAGUCACAUCGCGAGAGCUGUUUACGUGUUAUGUCACUUGGAUCACGUCAAUUUUGAGUUCAUAUCACAACUUUUCGGCAAAAUUGUGACAAAUUUCAACGAAUCUCGGCAAAAUUCACACUUUUUAUCCGUUCUACGACUCUUUGGAUACUGGACUUUAGACCAUAAUGCUCAAAUUUUUCGUUUUUUAUCACUUUUGGAACGACAAUCCGUUGAAAUUCUCGCACAAAUGAUGAUAAAUCAGGAUGACGUCAACAUCAAACGACUUCUGGACCCAAAAUUAUUGCACUCGAACAACUGGAAUUACCAAUUUUGCACCAAAAUACCGUUCAACAACUCGUUCGUGGGCGACAUUGCGGUGAAAAAUCUCAUAAAUCUCCUCGCAAACGCCGAAAAAAGCAUUUUAAUGGAUCUCGUGAAGCAACUUGUGCUUGUCUGGAGCAGCAAAUCGAGCGUUUUGUCAGUUGAACCGGCGCAACAUUUGUUCGUGAGCAAAUUAUUGGUGCUGUCGGUGGCUUAUUUGACGAAAAAUGGCAAAAAAAUCCCGGAUGGCAACGAAAUUUCCAAAGGAAUGUUCAACGGGAUCAAAUUUCACUUGGAAUCGCCCGACCCGGGUACUCGAGCGAUCGGCAUGAUUUGCAGCGAAGUCAUUUUCAACAUGCUUCACGAUGAACAAGAGGAAAAAUUGACCUUUGAAUAUGAUGAUUUCCCGGUUGAGGUCAAAAAAAUCGUCGACGAGUUGAAAAAUUAUCCGAAAAAUGUGAUUUUUGAAGGAAAUUUGCCUGAAAAUGACUUUGAUCCGGUGAAAAUUUUGUCGGGACUCAUCGAGGAAAGGCAAGAAAUCAUCUCGGUGGUUAAAAAAGUGACAAAAAUCGCUCCUGCCAAGCCCGUGGAGACACAAAUAAUGGAGGCAACUAGUUCCAAGAGCUUUUCUUUGGUAAAAACUCCCGUUUUUGAGGGCGAUUCUGACGAUCUUGACUCCGAUGACGACCUUGUUCCUUAUGAUUUGUCCAAUGACACUCCCGUAAUUGAAGCGAAGGCGCCAAAAUUCUUACUUGAUCUUGCCGAAGGAGUUUUAACGGAAAACGAUCCCGAAACUUUUAUGAUGUGCCUUGAACGGGGAGCUGCUUUGGUCAAAGAUCAACUACCGAAAAGUGAUGCUCCGAAUGCUUUAAAACUGCUGGAUAUUUUUAUAAAUUUAUCCCAAAACAGCUACGUUGAAAAUUUUGAGCUGCAUCGCUUCGAUAUUUGUGUCGAAAUUUGCUUGAGUCACCCGAAGGACUGCGCGCAGUACAUUUGCAACGAAUUUUAUGCCGAACUCUCGAAGUACAAUUACAGCACUCGUGUCCUUAUGCUCGAUAUUUUGGGCGAAACAGCGAAAAAACUCGCAAAAUGUGACGAAAAACCAUCAAAAAGCUCAGAAAUCGUUCCUCCAAAGCCGAAAUUCGCUCGAUUAUGGCAAGAAAGUGAAUGGACCACGCGUCAAAAGCAAAUCCGGAGCAUCAUUGCAGAACGUUUGAAUGCCAAAACACGAAGAUUUGCCACAAAAACCGCCAAUCCAACCGAAAAAGGUCGCGCAAAUAAAUUUAACGAAGUCGCAGGAUGGUUUUUCUUUCCGCUCGUGCGUGGAUUCGGGAAAAAUCAGUUUAUUUUCAAGGGCAAAGGGUUACAAGACGACAUGGAUUACAUGUUGCUGAUCACUUUUGUGCAAACUCUCGCUGUUUUCAUCAUUUCUGCGGAAAAUUGUCCCAUCGCGCACAAGUUUGCGGCAGAAACUUUCAAUUUGGCGCUCGUUUUGAGGUUUAAUGAGCAACCGAAAGUGAGAUUGGCGGUUCUGCAUUUGUUGGGAACAGUUUUUAUGACGAUUCGGAGUGAAUUGUUGAUGUUGUAUUUCACGCAUGAUGUUUACGAGUUGCAAGAAUGGCUGAAAGAAACACUCGAAACCGGGAAAUUGAAUGAGGAGUGUCGGCAGAUGGCGGAAAAAUUGUUCAUUGCUUGCGUUAAUUGUCUUGCCGAUAAACAAGCGAAAGUUUUAUAAAAUAUUUUUU